GAUCCUGAGCCGAUCUUCUCGGAUGAUUUUGAAAAUGGUUUUCGUUAUUAUGUACACGCUCCGGACACAGUACCGUACCUCGUAUCAGAAGGAAUCAGUGUAUCACCAAGUACUCGAGUGUACUCGGCGAUAUCAACGAAUACUGUUUCGUUUGUCAUGAAGUUGGACCAAGAAAAAGAGCCUUUACUGCAUGUAGAAUAUCAAUUGCAGUAUAUUCUUCUAUCCGCUGAACGUUGGGGUAAUUGCACUUCGAAAUGGCCUCACGGGUUUCAUUCUCAGUUGCCGUAUUCAUCGGUAAACUGUGACUCUAUAUGCAAAGCAAUGUUUUUCCAACAGAAAUGUAAUUGCAGUCCAUUCACAUAUGAUAUAGAAAACUGUAAGUUUAGAGUAUCCUUAAAUAGAAUAUGGGUCCAAUUUUGUCCUAUACAAUGUGUAGUCCAUUCCAAACUGUACGAUGUAUUGAUGACUAUAUCAGGAAGACAGUCAAUGAAUAUUUUUACGAUUGGACAGUUUGAAGGAGCUUACAAACGUACAUCUUAUAUUAUCUACAUAAUCUCCUAUGUUAUAUCCUAUUUUCGUCCUCGUUGUUACAUUGAAGCUGCGAUUGUCGAAUUGCUUUUCACAGGUGAUAUCGGCGGCAAUAUGGGCUUGUUCCUCGGAAUGAGCGUAAUUACGGUAGUUGAAAUCUUGAUGUACUUCUCAAAAAUUGGUUGGAUUACAUUUUCUAGAAAGAGGAGAUAUUACAUGUAUCAAAAGAAGGCACAUGAAAAGGAGCACGAGAAACAACUGGAAGAAACAGUAACCGGUUUCAAAUUGUUCCGAAGUCGCAAAGAGGGAACUGAUAUGAGUAAUACAAGAGCGAGAAUUCGAGAACUUACAAAUAGAGUAGUUCCCGAGAUUACGGAACACAAGUCGUCAGUGACAUCGGAUAGGGAAGGUGAAGCUGCUGAUCGUCGAUCGCGAUUUAUGAGCGCUGAUAUGGGAUCGUUCUACAGCGACAAUCCUGAAAAGCGAGACAGCGUUGUGAGCUGACA